AUGCCUGAAGACACGCAGGCUGCAAGGGCCAGGACUAAAUCAUACUCGAUAGCGAAGCUCGGCGUGGUGCCAGUUGCGGUUGCGGUCGCUGCGAUUGCGUUAGCUGGCUCUUAUUUGCCAGGGGUGCUUGAAUUUGCAUCGCGGAGCGAUGCUCACCCUUCAGUUCGGAUUGCCCAGGGCACCAUUGUCGGGCGUAUGGUGGACGAUGGCACGUUUCCAGAACCGCUGGAGGGCUUCAUGGGCAUCCCGUAUGCGCUACCUCCAAUCAACGAGCGACGCUUCCGAGAGGCUGUGCCCGUCCCAGAUGGCAACGGCACCCUUGAGGCGUUCUUUCUUGGCCCGCGGUGCCCCGGCAAACAACUCGUGCCGUUCCUGGACGACGAUGGCCUCGGCCCGGAUGUCGAGUCAGAAGAUUGCCUGACCAUCAAUGUGUGGCGACCAAAAGGCCACCGGGCUGAGAAGGGCAAGAAGCUGCCAGUCAGCGUGCUGAUCCCUGGCGGUGCGUUCAAUCGCGGUGCUGCUCGGAUGCAUAAUACGCACUCGAUGGUUGCACACUCGGCAGAGCCAUGGAUCGGUGUAAGCAUGCAGUACCGCAUUGGCGUCUUUGGCGGGCUCAACACGGCGCUUACUGCCAAGGAAGGCCUGCUGAACCUCGGACUGCGGGACAUGUAUGUCGCCCUCGAGUGGGUGCAGAAGAACAUUGCUGCGUUCGGCGGCGACCCGGACGACGUGACUAUCAUGGGGCUGAGUGCCGCGGCGCAUGGUAUCGGCCACCUAGUAAUGGAUAUCAACCAGCCCAAGCGCCUGUUCCACAAGGCCAUCAUGGACAGCGGCGCCCACUCGGCCCGCAUAAUUCACCCGCCCGACGCAAAGCUCAACACGCAACACUUCCGCGAGCUCCUCGACUUGACCCCCUGCAGCACCUACAAGAAUCUUCUGGACCCUGCGAUACUCGACUGCCUGCGAAGUCUGCCUGGCGAGGUGGUCGACGCAGCUGGCAAGCAGGUUUUCGCAAGGUCUGACCCGUCGGUUCGCUGGGCCUGGCAGCCGGUCCUGGACGGGCGAAUCAUUUCUCGGCGUCCCCUCGACGCCUGGAGAUCGGGCAAAUGGCAGAAGGUGCCCUUGCUCGUGGGCUCUGCGCACAAUGAGGGCUCCUUUUACGUUCCACAGUCGGCCAACAACUCUGCCGACCUGCGUAACUUCUUCCACACUCUGCUCCCGCACCUGAGCAAGAGCGAUCUCGCUGAGCUCGAGAGGCUCUAUCCCGACCCGUCCGUGCCCGGCAACAACUCACCCUACGUUGAGACCAGCGGAAACCCCAGCAUCGGCGCACAAUACCGUCGCCUUGAGGCGGCCUACGGCCAUUACGCCUACACCUGUCCCGUCCGACAGACGGCGAAACGGGGCACCUCGUACUCGCCCAAGGACCCCUCCGUCUUCAUCUAUCACUGGGCGCUGAACAAGACGGCGCUUUAUGGCGCCAACCACGGUGAUCAGAUGCGCUACCAGACAUACAACCCAGAGGUCCGCUCCAUCUCGCCUGCACAGGACGAGGUUGCAGGCAAGUUCCACGCCUACUGCGUGAGCUUCAUCCUGACCGGUGAUCCCAACAAGGCGCUAAAGGAGACGGGCAACCCCAAGUUUGCCGAUCGGCCACAGUGGCCCAGCUGGCAAGAUGGUCAUGGCCUGACUUUGGUCCUUGGAGAAGGCAACGACGAGCGGGCUGGAGGCACGAGUGCAGGCGUCGCUGCAGAUGUGAGAGAGUACCAUUGGGCAGACAAGGAGUGCGACUUUUGGUGGAGGAUGACUGAAAAAAACGAGGAUUAG